AUGCUGGGUAAUUUAAGCAAGAUGGCGCCCGCUACCUUACAGAAAAUUCGGGAUACAAUCACGGGUAAAGAGACUCAAGACGAUUCAUUGAUAACAGAGGUAACACAAAGUGAUGCUACCUAUAUCGUUUUCCUGAAUUAUUUUUUUGGGCCACGAGAGACAACCUUUUCAUGCCAGAAACACAUCACAUGUAUGCUAGGUUAAAAAAGAAACCGUUGUGUCGUGGUUGAAUACCGUAAUUUUAGUACCGACACUUUGCGUUAAUUAUAAUCAAGCCUAUGAGAAAACGAUAAAUGCUCACAACUGUCUUUAGAAAUCCACUAAAGAAGGUGUUAAAAGGUAGUCAACCUCGAAUUUUUUGACAGAAACAAGAUCAAUCAAAUCUGUUGUGAAGACAUCGUUUGGAUCCCCUUCCUCUUUGCAUCUGAUCUCGCAUUUCGUUUCUUACCUUUCUUAUGUUGUUUUUAACAUGUUGAAGGGGUGAACCAUGAUGUAUAUGUAAAAUAAUUUUGUAAUUUGUGGUUUAGAUGCAUUUUUUGCCUGUGGAUAGUUGUGUUUCUCUCUUUGGGGUUUGAUCUACCUUUGUAUAUCUAAGAGCCUGUGAAGAUUUUCAGCAUUAUUUCCGUAUAGCCCCAUGCUCAUUGUGCAUGCGGUUUCUUGGUAAAAGAAAACAAUGGCUAAAAAUUAGUUUAUCUUGAGGCUUAUGCUUUGUGUUAGAAUACCAGAAGUACUCCAUGGUGCGGCUUUAACGUACUUGACUGAGCUCACUAGUCCCUAUGUUCCUAGGCGAGCUCUCAGGUCUGCUGACCAACUUCUACUGGAGCAACCAACACAUAAGCUCAAAUUGACUGGCCUGAGGGCUUUCUCAGUGUGCAUGCCUUACCUCUGGAAAUCGGUUCCAUUGAGAUUAAAAGCAGCGCAUCUGUCUCUAUUUUUAAAGCUAAGCUUAAGACCUAUCUUUUUUGACAAGCAUAUUUUUAGACUUUAAAUUUUUAUUUAAUUAUAGGUUAUGAUAAUUUGACACUGUAAAGCGCAUUUGGGUGUUAGGAAAAUGCGCUAGAGAAAUAAAUUAUUAUUAUCAUUAUUAUGGUAUAUUUCUGAUUUUCAUUAGUUAGUCAUCCUUUUUUUCUCAGGCCCUUCCAUUUUGAAUUAUCUGCUUUCCGUGUUCUACUUCACAUAUGAAAGUAACAAAUCUUACAUCAGGGUUGAUCCCUAAUACUAAUCAUGGGUAUAAUCUAUUGAUCUUGGAUAUUAACAGGUCAAUGUUAGUUGGUUGAAUGAAAAGGGUUGCCUCUCUAGUCUAAAAAAAUAAGAUCUCAUUUUCAGCAUAGUUAUUGUCCUGGUCACUAAUUAACUCCAAAAAUCAGAAUUAUUUAUUUCUCCACCUUAGAUGCGAUCCAUUUCUGUAUUAUAUGAAUGUCAAUAAAAUACAGAGUGAGCUUUUGUGCAAAAACAUGAUAUCUCCACACAUGUAGAUAACAUGUUAUCUUCACAUGUGAAAAGAUUGCUGUUGUAAUGGUUCCAUAUAAAAAUGCCUUUUGAUGCAAUGCCUUUGAUUUAUUAUUUCAUUGGUGCUUAUAUGAUAGAUAGAAUAUUACAUAGCCGCUUGGAGAUAUGAAGAUUCUCUUCUUGUGUUGAAAAAUAUUUCACUUGUUCUCUUAGCUCACUUGAGAAAUAUUUUUCAACACUCAAAGAGAAAUUCUGUAUCUCUGUGUGGCCAUAUGAUAUCCUCUAUGCGUUAAAUAGUUUAGAGAAUUCAUUGGUUUAUUAACAUAAUACCUUCUAGCUGAUAAGUUUGUCUCUUCAUCACACACUUGCUGUACAAGUCAAUGAUUUUGUAAGGAUGGGCUAAAUAUUUAGUAUUACUUUAAGGAGUUGAAAAACUUGUGUUGCGCUGAAAAUCAUAUCUUACUGUGGACCAAAAUUCUUGGAUUUCUGUACUCUGUUAGAGACCUAGGUCUUUAAAAACCCACUCCUUAUAGUGCCAUACAAACUUAUAGAGCCUGCUUAUGGCCAUGUCCCAUCCCUGCUCCUGAUGUACAAAUGAAAUUAAGUGAAACUUGAUGGGCUUGUUAUUUAAACAAAGUUAUGCCGUUGUUUAACAAAACCCUGUCCUAAAUAAUCCUCAAUUUAGCUGGACCUUUUAUCUGAACAUCCAUUUUUGUGAACAGUAUCAAGGGUGCCUAAAGCUAGCAGUGGAAGGACAUUUAUUCAAUUAAACCUUUGAUUCCCAAGAUCACAUUAGUAAUUCUCCUAACUGUCUGUCAAACAAUUAUCAUUAUGUUAGUUUGGAGAAUUUGGUAUUGGAUCAAUUAGUAAUCCCAUAAUUGACAGUUUACUAUAUUCUCAUCACUUGUCUGUAUGAUAUUGUAUAGAUAUAGUAAGGAGAAAUUCUGUCUUGGUCACUCAUGGGAGUUAAAUGGUUAAAUCAACCCUCUUAUAGAGAAAGCCUGAGGCCCCACUGACUAUGUAAAAACCAUGGUUUGGGUUAGAACUUGUGUAAAUAACUGGCCCUAUUGGUUUAUAAUGAUGGAAAAGAAAGAAUCGCAAUUAUUAAGGAUAAUGUUAUUUAAGAAAUUUAAAGCCCCUUCCUUUCAGUAUGUUUGUAGGCUGCAUUGAGUUAAAGUCAGUUUGGGACAUUGAUUGAUUUCUUCUCAGAUUUCUGAUGCAACCACACUGAGCUGGUCCACAAGGAUCAAAGGAUUUAUCAUAUGUUUUAUUAUUGGUGUGUCUUUCUCCUUUCUGGUAAGUUUUGAAUUUGCUGAAUGUUAGAUUCAAAAUAUUAUCAAUAUACAGCUCUUGUGGUGGAAGAAGAUCAAGCUAUCUCUGAGUUCUGGCCUUGUGUUGGAUUCAUGAGCUGAGCUUAACAUUUAACUCACCAGAUUAUGAUGAUCAAGUGCUCACAUCUAAAGAAAGGGUUUUAUCAAGCACAGCACCCCCUACUGUAUGAUUUAAAAAUGGUGUCAACCUACCUCUAAUAAAAUAAAAUAAAAGGAAGGAUGGUCUUACCAUGUUUACAAAUUAUUUUUCACAUCUUCUUCAGAAAUUGUAAAGAAUAUCCUGGCUGUUUUAACCCUUCAACUUCCAAGAUCUGAUCUUAAUUCUCCCCUCUAGCUGUAAGACAUUUCCUGGUGAAGUAGUAACGAGAAUAUGGUGUUAGAUCAAGAUAACAACUUUUUCCCAAAAAGUUUGAGUAUUCUCAUUUCCUUUUUGUUGAAUAAUUUAUGGAUAUUAUAGGGAGAAGUUACAUGUUUAAUAAAUUCUUGGAGUCUAAGGGUUAACUUCAAUAGAAUAUGUUUUUUUCCAGGGAAUGAUUUUGUUAUGGAGAGAUGUAAAAUUAUUUGCUGUGUUCUACUCACUGGGUAAUGUAACAGCUCUUGCAAGGUUAGUAACACACAAUUUGGUCAAGUCCAGCCACAGUUUGAUAUUUCACUAAUUGAAUUGCAGUGUAGAUAAAAUCAAUGCUUGAAUUGAUUAAAAUAUAGUAUAAAAGAUAAUAUUUGAUAUCUUAGUUUCCUUUCCUUUGGUAGUAAUUGAGCUAUAUAAGGCUAUACUCUCACUUAGGUGCUAAAUUUUCCUAUAUUCUGUGUGGAAAUACAGCAAGAUUGUUAUACUACUGAUGUUGCCUUCCUUUGCAGUACAUGCUUUCUUAUGGGUCCUAUGAAACAGCUACGAAAUAUGUUUAAAGAAAAGCGUCUGAUUGCUACCAUUGUAAUGCUGGUAAGAUGUACACAUCCUCCACUUACUUUGAGUUAUUGUUAUAUUAUGUACAGACUACUUUGACCUGAUAUCCUGAUAUCUUUUAAUUUCAUUCAUACUGAGAUUUACACGCUGAAGUACGAUUGUUUGUGUCUCUUGGAUGGACAAUGUAUUUUCGUGGUCAUCGGCUUCCAAUCUUUGAAUUUGUCAGUCAGUUUUAAGAAUAAAUUUAGUGUUGUAUCAUUCCAUACUAUAUGAAAAGUUUGGCAUAAUUAUAAUGGUAAGGGUGAUAGGGAAAAAGAACAUUGUUGGUUAAAGUGACUGAUGUUUCAAAAACCAGCGCAGAAGUCAUUCCAGGAAUCAAGUGAAGAUACAUUUAUUGAGCAAAUGUCACCUAUUCCAUUUGUGAAAACUUAUUUAUUAGUUUUUUUGUUGGGUCUUUGGUUACAAGUUAUAGAGAAAAAGUGCAUAUCAGGUGUGAUUGGUCAUUUAACAUUCUUUGUUAAAGUUAGAUUUAACUGUUUGUUUCUGGUUUCCUGUUCUGAAUGCUGGUUUAUAACUUAGAUCAGACUCCUCUCAAUGAUUAGUCUGGCACACUACAUAUGAUUCAUUCACAACAUUAAAUGAUUAACAUAUUGUGGAUAGUUUGCUUGAAAAGAAUGACACAAUGACAAAUAAUUAUUGAGGCUUUGGCAAAUAAGACAGUGAUUCCCAUGUUUAACUUUGUGACAUUGUUAAUUAACUGUUAAUUUGAUUCAUUUUUUAUCUAGACCUGUCUGAUUCUUACUUUGUGUGCAGCACUCUGGGUAAGAUUUCACUUGGUUUCUAAGAUGUACAUGAAUUACAAAGACUUUAUUAAUUAACUGAUUUGACACUACUUAUUGAGUUUUAGAAGGCUGCCAGACCAUUAAAUUUGUAGUACGAUGAGUAUUGAGGUAUUUUUGAAUGUUACAAUCUCAAGUACAUUGGUUCUUACCUCAACUGCUUCCUCAGUCCCUCUCAAUGUCAUUCUGCAAGAUGGCAUAAAAACAUUGGCAAUUAACAACAUUGGAUGGGGAGACCUGAUAAAAGACCAUCAUUGACACUUUUUGGUGAAGUGUUCCAACUAAUUUUGUCUGGGAGUGUAGUCUUGUUUUGAUGUGAUAUAUAGUUUAUAGGGAGAUGCUGUAGCCUAAUGGUCAGUGCACAGGACUCUGGGUAGAGAGGUCUAGGUGCAAGACCUGGCUGGGUCAGUAUGACAUGUUCUUGGGGAAGACACUUAAUUCUCACAAUGCCUUUCUCCACCCAGGAAUAUAAAUGGGCAUUGGCAAACUGUUGGGGAUGCCUAAUGAAAUGCUGAAGGGUAAACUUGCGAUGGAGGGGGGAGUUUCAAUACUCCUAGUCACUUCAUGUUACUUGGAAACCUGGAUUAGCUCCAACCGGGUUGUGCAAUAGGCUCAAGUACAGACUUAACCUUUAUAGUUUAUAGCAUUGUGCAAGGGUAGGGCUCACCACAAAACUUUCACAGCAACCUUUUGUACCCCCUGUGAAAGCUUUUAGUUGGAUGAAGUUAUAACACUAAUAAUUUUACCUCUUAACUGAGUUACUGACUGCAGGAUCAUAACAUAUUGUUGUUGAACUUAUUCUAUAUUUUAGUGGAAAAACAAGGGACUGGCCUUGGUUUUCUGUAUUCUUCAGUAUUUAGCCAUGACAUGGUAUGUAAAUUUUGAAUAGCUGCUUUUAUCAAAAAUAAUUUCUCAUGCUAUUUGAAUAUAUACAUAAUUAUCAUAAUUGUGUUUUUGCAGGUACUGCCUAUCCUACAUUCCAUUUGCAAGGUGAGAAUUCAACUCUUCCAAGUCUUGUGUUCAUGGUCAUUAGAACAGUGAUUUUAUUGUUUUAGGGUAGUGUAGUCCUUAGUGAUUGAACUAAUGGUUGUUUCCACAAUGAACCCAGAAAUAUCUGCAUUUGUGUUAGACAAGUACACAUUAAAAAUUAUCAAAUGAAAGGUUGCAUGGGAUGAAGCUCUCAGAGACUUUUGGUGUAGCAUCUGCUUCUCCCUCUGUCUCAGAAGGGAAUACAUGACAAUUUGCAAGAGAAUCUAGCAAUCUAUCAAAAGUUGCAUACGGAUUUUAACUAAGUAAGCCUUCAAAUAAUGCAAAACAGUUUGAAUGCUGAAAGUUAGAUGGAGAGGUCUGUGUUAAAUACCAGGCUGGAGGUCAUCACAAUUCUCAGGCCACUCUUCACCCAGGGAGUUUCAAUUGGCAUCACCAAACUUUUGGGGUACAUUGUCGAUUGGCAGGAGGCCAAUAAUUGAUGAUUGGCACAUUCCUUUUUGCUUUGUGGAAAUUGGGAUACCCUCUGCCAGUUAUGAGCUGCUAGUCUUGUAGAACUUAACACUAUUUCUUUCUGUCUUUUUGCAUCUUGUUUUCUUUCUUUUAGAGAUGCAGUGAAGAAAUGUGUCACAAGUUGUAUGGCUUAAUAUAUAUAUUUUUUUGCCAAUGGAGACAUCAACCAACAUGUUCAAAAUGUGUACUUACCAUUAAAAAUUAUCUUAAUGAUCAUUGAUGUGAUGUUAAUAAUUCCAUCCUAAAUGUUGAAUGAGCAUUUUGAAUGUCACCUAAAUAACAAAGGGUCCAAACAGACCAAAAUAGAACAAGGAUUAUUUGAAAAGGUUAAAUUAGUUUGCAAAUGUUGAACAUUACAAAGUUAGGUUAAAUUUCACAAGUUGGAUUAAUUGUAAUGUAGCUCCUCUAAAGAGUUUGCAAACAGCACUUUAGCUUGUGAGCAGGUUGUCUUUGGCAGUUCACCUUGAAUAGCAAAGGCUGCAAGACAAGACUCUUGUAGGCAUUAAUGUACAUGCCUUGCUGUUUGUGCCUCAGUUUUUAUGAGAGCAUGCUUAUAGGAUACAAUUACCAAUUAAUUACAGUAACUGAAAAUCACAAGCAUUGUUUAAAGAGGAAGGUGGCAAAUGCGACAUCAACCUCUUAAUCUUUUUUGUCAGAGCAAGUUGUAAUGUUCAAUGUAAAUAAAGCAAUUUGUUUAAUGAUAUUUUACAGGAUGAUGGUGUUUGGAUAGAAUGGUCAGCAAAGUGUGGG